UUUAUUGACAAAUAAUGCUAAAGAUAUGUUGCGUUAAUCACAAAUCAUUUCGUUUUUGUAGAUACACGAAAAUAAAAUAAAAUAGAAACUUUGCAAUGAAACUUUUUACUUACGCUUUUUAUAAUUAAAUUCGCUACAGAAGUUUUAAAGUUCGUUAAGUUUGUUAUAAGAAAUGUGUCUCUAUGUUAAAAAAUGUUUUUGUCGUUAGGUUUCGGUAUAAACUAUAAAGUUGAGUGAGCCAUAAGUGUCUAUGAUAGUACAGAGGAAAAAAUAUAUCAUUUUCGAGACAAUCAGUGCAACAGUGUUUUAAUGAAAUAACUUCCCCGAACCUACUGAUGUGAUUACAAUUUGAAGCAAUGCCUAAAGUACGUCGAAGCCGAAAACCGCCGCCCGAUGGUUGGGAAUUGAUUGAACCAACGCUAGAAGAAUUGGAACAAAAAAUGCGCGAAGCUGAAACAGAGCCACACGAAGGAAAAAGAAAACAGGAGUCUCUAUGGCCAAUAUUCAAAAUACAUCAUCAGAAAUCUCGCUACAUUUAUGAUCUAUUUUACAGAAGAAAAGCUAUCAGUAGAGAAUUAUAUCAAUACUGCCUGAAUGAGAAAAUAGCUGAUGCAAACCUCAUAGCAAAGUGGAAAAAGACUGGUUAUGAAAAUUUGUGUUGUCUAAGGUGUAUUCAGACAAGAGAUACAAAUUUUGCUACAAAUUGUAUAUGUAGAGUUCCCAAAAGCAAGUUGGAAGAGGGCAGAAUAGUUGAAUGUGUACAUUGUGGUUGCAGGGGUUGUUCGGGAUAGAGAGCAGUCGUUUCCAACAGAAAUCUCGCAGUAAAAUAUCUUUAUUCAAACACCUAAAUAAAACAGGGUUUGUCUUAAAUUGAUAUCCAGAACAACUGAAAAAUGCGUUGUGCCUAAAGAUUUUUUUCAAAUCGAGUGUUUAGGCACUAAAUUAGUGUCACUCUUAAGUGAAAUUGAUUCAUUUUGUAUUGUCAGUGUAAUAUAAUUUGUAGAUUAACUACAAAUUUUAACAAAAUUCAAUAAAAGAGAUAUUAAUA